AUGUUAUUAGCCCAUAAAGAUGUUUUCUCACCUUUUUAUAUUACACAGAUUAAAACGAUCCAGAGCCCAUCCACGUCUGAAACUGGUAGUGGCGAAUCACAAGAUACAACCAGCAAAGAAUCUGAAUCACCCGUCGAAGAAACUACUACAGAAAAAGUGGAAAAUGCAGUCAAAGACGAUACUUUUGUGGGAACACGUUGUUGA